GUUUGGGUGGCUGGCGGGAAGAUUCUGCUCUGAAAGCUUAUUCUUUGACUAUACUAGAAGAAGACAGAGAAAAGGACUAGAUGAAUCAUAGCAGAGAUAAAAGAGGCUUCUGAGAGGGCGGAAGCGAUUUUGGAGAGAGCGUUUCGGUUUCGAGAGAGGAAAAACAAGAGGAGGCUCUUUUUACGGAGAAGAAAGGAAUCUUUUUCGUAAACUUAGAAAACGAAAUUGACAGAGAGAGUGAGAGAAAAGGAGGCAGAGGAAAUUGAGAGAGAGAUUCAAAGGCUUCAGUGGUAACUUCGACGUCUUGCUGUCAUAAGACUAUGAGAGGGCCCAUUCUGCUUUCGUCAUCUAUCAGAGAGAUAUUUAUGGAUGAGUCUCUACCAAAGCCCUUUCAGUCCCUCCUGUAGACAAGAGCCUAGAGGAGCUUCAAAUUGGCUGGAGAAUUCUACUCACAAUCUGCGGCAGGCAGAGAUUGCAACAGUUGUUUUCUGUAAUAAAAUGAGACCUCAUAAACUCCUUUUUCCUCAGUUUGCCAAGCACCACAAGCUUGCCAAUCUAAUACCCAUCAGUCACUCUCUUUCCCCUGUGCACUUCUCUUCAAUUCUGCAAUCCAUGAAGAUUUCCACAGAAAACUCAAUUUCCCCUCCACCUGCUGCAUCAAUAAGCCAUGACCUGCUUCUCAGUUCUGUCCAAUCUUCUCAGUGGCAUUUUAUAGAACACCUUUCGCCAAACCUUACACCAUCUCUUAUCUCAGCCACUAUCUUCAGCCUUCUUAAAACCCCUGAGUUGGCCCUUGAAUUCAUUGCCCAUAUCAAGUUUCAUACAAUGGAUAUCAAAACCCAUUGCUUGGCUAUUGCGGUAAUCUCUCGCCUCCCAUCACCAAAACCCACUUUGCAAUUGUUGAAGGAAACCAUCAGCAAUGACAUUAGUGUUGGAGUAAUUUUCGAUGAGUUAACCAUUGCACGUAAUCAAUUAGGUACUAAAAGUAGUAUUCUUUUUGAUUUAUUGAUAAGGGGCUAUUGUGAGUUGGACAGGGCUGAUGAGGCAAUUGAGUGCUUUUAUAAGAUGAAGGAGAAAGCCUUUGCUCCAAAGAUUGAGACUUGUAAUUCUAUGUUGAGUUUGCUCUCAAAAUUGAAUAGGACAGAGAGCGCGUGGGUUCUCUAUGCAGAGAUGUUUAGUAUGGGGAUUAAGUCAACUCUGUAUACAUUUAAUAUAAUGAUUAAUGUGUUGUGCAAGGAAGGGAAGUUAAACAAGGCCAAGCAAUUUAUUGGGAUCAUGGAGUGUUUGGGAAUCAAGCCCAGUUUUGUUACAUUUAACACCUUAGUUCAUGGGUAUUGCUCAAGAGGAAGAGUUGAAGGGGCUCGUUUGAUUAUCAAUGAAAUGAAAGCUAAAGGGAUCGAACCAGAUUUUUACACGUAUGGUUCUCUAAUUAGUGGGUUGUGUAAAGAAGGAAGGCUUGAGGAGGCUUCAACGACAUUUGAGAAGAUGAAAGAAAAUGGGUUGUCUCCAAACGCUGUGAUGUAUAAUAUAUUGAUUGAUGGGUAUUGCAACAAAGGGAACUUGGAGUUGGCUUUUCAUUAUAAGGAUGAGAUGGUUAAGAAGGACACUAUGCCAACUGUUUCAACUUACAACAUGUUGAUUCAUGCAUUGUUUAUGGAGAGUAAAAUGGACAAAGCUGAUGGUAUGAUCAAAGAAAUGAAGAGAAAGGAGUAGCUCCCGAUUCAGUCACAUAUACAUAUUGAUAAAAUGGAUACUGCAGAU